CCCUUCUACCUUCGAUAUCCACAGCCACAACCUCAGAAGAACCAGGAGGAAACCCAAACCUUAACCUAAUCUUCUUCUUCUGCAGAAGCAAAAUGCAGAUUUUCGUGAAAACCCUAACGGGGAAGACCAUCACCCUUGAGGUGGAAUCUUCCGACACCAUCGACAACGUGAAGGCCAAGAUCCAAGACAAAGAAGGAAUCCCGCCGGACCAGCAGCGCCUCAUCUUCGCCGGAAAGCAGCUUGAGGACGGCCGCACACUCGCCGAUUACAACAUCCAGAAAGAAUCCACGCUCCAUCUCGUCCUACGCCUCCGCGGCGGCGCCAAGAAAAGGAAGAAGAAGACGUACACCAAGCCGAAGAAGAUCAAGCACAAGCAUAAGAAGGUGAAGCUCGCGAUUCUCCAGUUCUACAAGAUCGACGAUAGCGGUAAGGUUCAGAGGCUCAGGAAGGAGUGCCCUAACGCUGAGUGUGGCGCUGGAACAUUCAUGGCUAACCACUUUGAUCGCCAUUACUGUGGCAAGUGUGGCUUGACCUAUGUGUACCAGAAGGCCGCUGCUUAGGGUUUGAAUCUCGAUUUCUGAGUUUAAUUUUCAGUUAUAAAUGUUAUAGUUUUUAUUUUUAUUUUUAGUGAUGAAUGAUUGCUUGUUUUUUUGGGGCUAUAAUAACCCUUGAUUUUCGGUUUGAACGCGGUUAAGUAUCUGUCGUUUUAAUCUAUAUGAUUCCGUU